GAUUUUAUGUUUCUGUGUCAGCUGACCGCUGUGGUGGAAGCGUGACGUCACCGCGAACAUGGCUGCCGAGAGCGAUGUCCUGUCUGAAAUUGAAGUGCUGCAGUCCAUCUACUUGGAUGAGCUCAGUGUUAAUCAGAGAGAUGAGGGAGGAUGGACAGUCAGCCUGGUGCUCUAUCCCUCCACUGCGGAGGACUGUCUGUCUCAGUUUGUCCGUCUUACAUUGACAAUGGAUCUGGACUCUCAGUACCCAUAUUCAUCCCCUUGCAUCUCUAUUCACAAUCCACGUGGACUCUCAGAUGAUAAACUGCUCAGUUUACAGAGGAGUUUGCAGUUGGAGGCAGAGUCAUGUAUCGGGACACCUGUACUGUAUCAGCUCAUAGAGAGAGCCAAAGAGAUCCUGACUGAGAGCAAUAUUCCCCAUGGAAACUGUGUCAUCUGUCUGUAUGGCUUUAAGGAAGGGGAAGUGUUCACUAAGACCAGCUGCUAUCACUAUUUCCAUUCUCACUGUCUUGGCCGCUACAUCACUCACUCUGAGAUGGAGCUGAAGGACCGUGAGAGGGAGCUGGAGGAGGAUAAAACCAGAGACAGGACGGAGGAAGAGGAGUUAGCUGUUGUUUGCCCCGUGUGUCGAGAGCCUCUCACCUAUGAUUUGGAUGCCCUCCUUUCCUCUCCUGCUCCAGUUUUCACACAGGAUGAUGCAGUCAUCGGUGGGGAAUUUAAAAAGAAAUGGGCAGCACUCCAGAAGGUUCUGGAACGGCAGAAGGAAAAGGGUGGAGUUAUUGAUCCCGAAGCAGAGUCUAAUAGAUUCCUAAUUCACAUUAAUGAGGCUCCAGCUAAUGUUUCUGACACUCCUGCAACGGAUGCCUCUGGUGCCGAAUCUUCUCAGUCACUUUCCUCGUCCCAAGAUUCUGCCGAUGCAACCCAAGUCUCUCAAAGUCAUCACACUACAGGCCAAUCACAGCGCCCGUGCACUCAUGAGCGAAGGCAGCAAGGUGACUUCAAGAGAGGUCGUAGAGGAAGAGGAGGCGGAAGAGGGGGAUCAGCACGUCACACGAUGCUUACACCUGGGGUAGAACGAUUGGGCAGGCUCAUGCAUUCUUCUGAUAAGAUUAAUCAUUUCACCUCAGGCCCACCGAACACCACACCACAGGGAGAAAGUACAGCACAAGGACAGGAAUGUGAACUCAGUGAUAAUAUAACACAGCUCAGGCAGCCUUUGACCAAUGAAGAAGAAAAACCAGUUUCUCAAGAGAAGUUUACGUCAGAAUCCAACUGUGGACAAGAUGUGAGCCAAAAAAAAGUGUGUAUUUCAAAAGAUGUGACUCAGACAAUCUUACAGGAAGGACACCCAGAAAGGGAACAUGUGGGUAGAGAAUGGAAGCGUGGCGGUCGUGGCUCCGGACGACAUCAUGGACACUGGCAGGAGAGGAACUUCAAGGGACCCAGUCACUGGGAUACUUCUGGAAGCGUUGGCCACCGUGGAGGAGGACACAGAGCCAGAGAGGGAGGGGCUGGGCAUCAUCACAUAGGGGGCGGGGCUCAUAGAGGUGGCGGGAGGGGUUUGCAUCAAAGAGUGGAAAAAGAAUUUAGGAAAGAGGGAGUGCUCUGACAAUGGCAGAGGGGAGGUACAGGCAGAGGAACAAGCGUACCUCCCAGUUUCACCAGCUGUACCAUCAUUAUGUCAGUGUCUGUAAUAAAAUUCUCCACAAGCAGUAAACUGACC